UUUUUGGGGCGAUGUUUGGAGAAUGAAGCAGUCCAAGGCUGAGCGGAAAAGGCCCCUCGGGGGGACAUCGGGGGGUGCCGGAGGCGGCUGCCGGCAGAGGCAGCCUGGAGGAGCAGAGCCCUGUGUGCCCCAGGAGCCCAAAGUGGGGAGCCCAGAGAGGGGGGAGCGCCGCCAUGGGCGGGAGCCUCAAGAGCCUGGAGAGGGGCAGGGGGGACUCCUUGGAGCCGCUGCAGCCCCGAGCAGAGAAUGAGGGGAGAAGGGAGCCCGGGAGCCCAAACAGCCCCGGCAUCCCGAAAUGGGGAGAUGGAAAACGGGGAACUUUUCGGAUCGCCGGGUCUCCCAGCAGCCUGGGCAGGGCGGGCACCGAGUAGACGGGGGACCCCGAAUCCAAGCGUGAUCCCCAGCAGCUGGGACAGGGGGGAACCUCCCCGGGCACCUGCGGGAUGGGGGGCGAUGCUCUUGGGUUCCAGAGUUCAGGCAGCGCUGGAGCCGCACGAUUCCGGCCGUGCUCUGCUCCCGCCGCUCCCUGCUGCCGCUCCGCCUCUUCCUCCCUCCUCCUCCUCGUCCGGUCCCGGAGCCCUCGCAGCCGGCGGGAGGAGCGGGGAUGGAGCCGGGUCAGGAUUUCCCAUUCCCAACCCCUGGGAGGCUGCAAGGCAGAGGAAUAUGCCCGAGGACACUGAUGCAGAGCAGGAGCUGAGCAUGGAGAGCAGGGAGGACAAAUGCCCGCGGCAGAACCUGGUGGCAGAGGCCGUUUUGAGCGGCUCCACAGCGCAGGAAUCCAACGCGGAGGAAAAGCCCUGGAGAUGCCGCACGAGGAGGGGCUGCAAACGCAGCUGGCGGGGAUCUGAGGGGGAAAGAGCCAGCCUGGGCCGGGAAGGCGGCCAGAGAUGGAGCCAGAGCUCGGAGCUGGUGCUCCAUGAGCAGCUCCAUGAUGGGGAGAAGCCCCAGAAACGUGUGCAGUGUGGGAAGAGGUUCCGGAGGAGCUCCGACCUGAUCAAGCACCAGAGGACCCACACUGGGGAACGGCCCUACGAUUGUGAUCAAUGCAGGAAAAGAUUUAAGACCAGCUCCCAUCUCCUCCAGCACCAGCGCACGCACAUGGAGGAGAUGCCCUUCCGCUGCCCCGACUGUGGGAAGGGAUUCAGGCACAAGUCCCAUCUUGUCAUGCACCAAGAAAUCCAUACUGGGGAGAGGCCCCAUAAGUGUGAGGAAUGUGGGAAGAGCUUCAGCCGGAGCUCCAGCGUGAUCCGGCACCAGGUAAUCCACACCGGGGAGAGGCCCUAUGAGUGUGAGGAAUGUGGGAAGAGCUUCAGCUUGAGAUCCCAGCUGAUGAGGCACCAGGUGGUCCACACUGGGGAGAGGCCCUACGAGUGUGAGGAAUGUGGGAAGAGCUUCAGCUGGAGCUCCACCCUGAUCAGGCACCAGAGGACCCACACUGGGGAAAGGCCCUACGAGUGUGAGGAGUGUGAGAAGAGGUUUAGCUUGAGAUCCGAGCUGAGUCAGCAUCAGAGGACCCACACUGGGGAACGGCCCUACGAGUGCGAUCAGUGCAGGAAGAGAUUUCAGUCCAGCUCCCAUCUCCUCCAGCACCAGCGCACGCACACAGAGGAGAGGCCCUUCCGCUGCCCCGACUGUGGGCAGGGCUUCAGGCACAAUUCCCAUCUUGUCAUGCACCGACAAAUCCACACUGGGGAGAGGCCCCACGAGUGUGAGGAAUGUGGGAAGAGCUUCAGUCGGAGCUCAACCCUGAUCAGGCACCAGAGGACCCACACUGGGGAACGGCCCUACGAGUGUGGGGAGUGUGGGAAGAGGUUCAGACAGAGCGCCAACCUGAUUCAGCACCGGAACAUCCACACUGGAAAACGGUCGCACAGGUGUGGGAAAUGUGGAAAGAGCUUCAGGCAGCAUUCCUACCUGAUCCGCCACCAAAAGAUCCACACAGGGGAGAGGCCCUACGAGUGUGAUAAAUGCAGGAAGAGGUUUAAGACCAGCUCCUAUCUCCUCCGGCACUAUCGCAUUCACAGAGAGGAGAGGCCCUUCCAAUGCCCCGACUGCGGGAAGGGAUUCAAGCACAACUGCACCCUCAUCACCCACCGGCGCAUCCACACUGGGGAGAGGCCCUACGAGUGUGAGGAGUGUGGGAAGAGCUUCUCACAGCGCUCUCACUUGAACAAGCACCAACGGAGCCACCAGUAAGGGAAGCCCUGCGAGUGCCCCGAGUGCAGGAGGAGCUUCGUGCGCUGCUCCAGCUCCAUCCCCCACUGGAGGAGGCACUUUGGGCACAGCCCUGGUCACUCACAUUCCUGUGAUCCAUGUUGGGAACACACCAGGCUGCUUCUCCUUUCCGUUUGGCCUGAAUUUUCUUCUGCUUCAUCUUCAUCUCUUAAAAGCAGCCAACCAGGGUUAAAUGAAUGAAAUUGAUCAAAGAUGUCCAAAGUCCCUCCAUUAAUCAGGAGUUUGAGGGGGAAUUUAGGACUUGGGGACACAUUCUGUGUGGAGUGGCUCUGUGUCUAAGAGGCAGGAAUUGGAUUUCACCCUUCUUGUGUUGCUAAGAACUCCUCCCUUGACCCAAACCCCAACUCCAGCCCUGGGAUACCCUAUAAAAACCCCAUGGCUCUGCCUUUGCCCUGUCUGUUGGGGGUCAGAAAUGGAUUCUGGAGCUUUCUCAAACCAAGACCCAACUUGUUUGUUCCUGACAUCAGCAGCUGCAGCCUCCCUGGAUACCAUGAACUCUGGAGAAUGGGGGCAGCCAGUGAGGACAGGUCCUGGAUUGCAAGAUAAGUGUGUGUUCUGUUUGCCAUCUGUCAGAGGUGGGGCAGUUAUCUUCUGUUCAUUGGGCAGUUUAUCUCUUCCACAACCAAUCCUCCCUCCAGGAGAUAUCUUCUGAUAAUGGACUGGCUAUUAAUUAUUAAUUAUCUGUUGUUAAUGGGCCAUUGAGUGUCCCUGCAUGGCUGAUAAAAUGACAUCCUGCCAUUAGGUGAUGUUCCGCCCAGGAGGAGGAGCCAAGCAUUCCUGGAUAGAAUCUGAGGUUUGGAACACCACAGCAGCCUUUUCCCACUGGAUUCCCAGAGGAGCAGCUGUCUUCUCCACUGGAUUCCCAGAGGACGGAAGAUUCCCCAGCCCAUCUGCAGCAGCCUGGACCUUCAGAGGAAAACUCCACCCUUCUCCAGGCUCCCUGCUCCAACAGAACCACACCUGGCACUGCAGGAGGGCUGCAGCCACCAUUGACUGGGACUGCUGCCAAUACCCUGACCCACAAGGUGUCAGGUACUGUUCUGACUCUGUCAGUGGUUUUGUUUGUUUGUACUACAGCAUUUGUAUUUUUAAUUUUUCCUUAUAAAACCUGUUAUUCCUAUUCCCAUAUCUUUGCUUGAGAGCCCCUUAAUUUCAACAUUACAACAAUUCAGAGGGAGGGGAUUUACAUUUUCCAUUCCAGGGGAGGAACCUGCCUUCCUUAGCUGACACCUGUCUUUUCAAACCAAGACAAUAACAGUUACUUUAACACACAGAUAUAAAAUACAUUUUAAUAUCUUUGAAAAGCCAAUAUUAUAAUAUAUGUGUAUAACGAUAGUGACCUUAAAAACAUGGGAGUAGAAAGCUUAUGAGGAGGGGAAUUUCCAGUAAGGGAAGCAAAAUUCCCAGUACUGGGACUGGGCUAUGGGACCGACAUCUACCAUCAUUCAGCAAGAGGUUUAUUUUUAUGGAUAUGUGUUAUAAUAUUGGCUUUUCACAGAUAUUAAAAUAGAUUUUAUAUGUGUGAUGUUAAAGUAACUGUGUUGUAAAGAUACAGUUUUGUUUUCUGUCAUUAAUUAAUCUUAGUGAAAUAGCUGCUUGUGUUAAACUGCCUGCUUGGAUGGGAUAACAUCCAAUGCACAGAGGAUGAGGACAUCUGUACAGAUCUGCCAACUAUCAGCACUCCCCGUCUGAAGGCAGAGUGGACCAAGGCCCAAAAACUGGAGGUGAUAAGAAUGGACUAAAACCACAACCAAGGAAUCUGCAUGCCCUAAAAAGGCAGAUCCAAGGAAGAGCCAUGCUAAACCGUUCUUGAAGCAUGUAAACUAGUUUGGGGGUAAAGUUUGCUGUGCAUGAGGGUCUAUGAAUAUGCAACAGGCUGAUGUAAGGGGAAAGGUAUUUCAGGGGGAUCCCUGGUGCCGAGAUGCACCCGGCCGUGAUAACCUUUGCUCCAUGGUCCUGGUCUCCCAUUGUCCUUUAUUAAACUUUUUACAUUUUCACAGGAGAGUGAACGUGUUUUUCACAUUUAGGAACGGUUUAAGAUUUUUUGUUUUUCAUGGGAGGGAGUUUUGAAGAGCUACAAGUGGCUAAUCUGCCUGCAACAAGGACCAUUUCACGGGCUCUUGUCACCUUUCCUGACACAUCUGCUGCAGCUCAUGGAGGGUAAAGCCCUGGAGGCUCCUUGGGGGCGGUUAUGGAUGAUUGCAGGCAGCGCCUCGAUGCCCUGGAUCAGCCCUGCCCCCUCCUGGGAACCCCCACAUUUUGGGGGAGAAUUUGGAGGGUUUUGAGGAGAUUUGAGGGAGAUUUUGUCUGGGUUUGAAUCCUACGCCAAAUGUGGUGUCGGGGAGGUACCAAAACCACCCAAAAUCCACCCAGAAUUGACCCAAAAUUACCAAAAAUUAACCCAAAAUUUCCUCCAAAUCCAUCCUCUGGGGGUUUGGGGGAGAUUUGGAGGGAUUUUAGGGGGGAAUUUUUAGUGGGUUUGAAUCCUACGCCCACUUCAGCAUGCAUGAGGUACCCAAACCCCCCCCAAAAUCCACCCAAAAUUUUUCCUGAGGUGGUUGGGAGGAAGUUUGAGGGGGUUUGAGUGAAUUUGGGGGUUCCGGGGGAGAUUUUAUGGGGGUUUUUGGCAGUCAUCAUCAUCCAAAACACAACACCCCAUGCCAAAGCCUAGACCAAACCCUAAGGACUGUGCCCCCCAUGGAGAGGAGAUCAAAGAACUGCACCCCUUCUGGGAAGGAGAUCAAAAGCCAGAGGAGACUGAGCUAUUAACUCAUUAAGUAAAAACAUAUUCAUUUAAUCAAGUAUCAUCAUUUCUGUUACUUUAUCCUUUGUGAUUAAGUCUCGAAUGCUUUUCUAUUCCUUGUUAAUUUAGCUGAAUAAUAUUCAUUUUGGUUUUGUAAACUAUUAAGUCAUAUUCCUGAUCUUAUAUAUGUGGUCCCAUAUGUCUAAUAAACCACAAACUUACAAUUUAGCAGCAGUUUUAAUUGAGAUAAAAUAAUACGAUCAAAUAGCAUCCAGUAGUUACAAAAAGAAAUUUGGCAGUGGUUCAGAUGUAGCAUAAGCAAAACCCAUUGAUCGGGGUAUGGGGAGGGCUUCCCACCCUGCCUCACGUGCAAAAGGAUCCCAACACAACUUAUAUACUGUGUGCUAAUACAUAUUCAUCAAUAUUUUCCUGUAAAUCUCCUCCUAUUUCCGAUUCUUGAAAUCUACAUCACCACACACACACAGCGCAUGCUUCCGCUGUGGCUAAGGGGGCUUCUGGCUCUUUGGUGCUCUUCUUGGAGGAAGGCCAGCAGUCUUCCUCGCUGUCCUCUGAAUAACCUGGCAGGUUGUGCACGUGCCCCAAGUCCUGUGUUAUGUAAGUAAGCACUGUGUUCCAAGUAAGCCUUAUUAUUUUAUAGAUAAGAGCACUAUUUUAGACUCCCUGUCUGGAAUUGUCCCAACUUUAUUCAUGUCACGGCCGAUCCUGUCCUGGGAGUUGUCUUAACUUUGUCUUGAUGUCAAUUCUGACUUGGGAGUCUUCCUAACUUUUGUUCAUCCAGUCUCCCAUAUCCUGUUUCCUACAUGUAUCAUCUAAAAGAAACCCAUGUGCUUCAUAACAUUAAUCACAUAUACCUUUCCAAUUAUUUUCCAAAAAUAUUUAUAUAAUUACAAUUUAGUUAGCACAAAUCACAUCCAUUUAUCACAGGAGGCCAAAAACUUGGAAAAGGAGGAAAGAAACACUCCAAUGAUGACGAUGACAAAAAAAUCCCAAUUUAUUUUUGACAGCAAAUGAACACCGGCCGCCCUCCAGCCCUCCCAGCCUGGCAGGCUGAGUGGGGCCAUUCCCAUGGCAUGAGGUGCUGGCAGCCUGCGGAGAGAAACCAGAGAGCCACGGUCAGUCACAGCAGGCUCCUGUCCCCCUGUCCCGCCAUGGCUGUGCCCAGGCCAGGCUGCUGGCUGUGCUCAGAGCCCAAACCUCCCGACCCAUUCUCUGUUUUUAGAGAAGGGCAGCGUUUCAGGCCACGUUCCGCCUCCUCUGCUUAAUCAGGGCACAGCAACCUCCUCAGCAGCUGCAGGAGCGGGAUGCCCGUGUGCCCGCUGCCGCCUGCCCGGAGCCAUUCUGCCAGCCGAGCUGUGGAGCCGGGUGCCCACCUCUGGAGAGCUGCUGCCAGGAGAGGAGCCGAUCCCGCACCAGGUCCUCGUCCUUCUGGAAGGGGCUGUCCCCACAGACCGUGGCCCCUGGGGUAGCGCUGGCACUGGACGCUGCAGGCGCUCCCCCGUCCGGUCCGGGAACCAGGUGUAAUCCUCCUGGGAAAAACAAAGAACAAAAGCACGAAAGUCAAUUCAAAACGAGACCUGGAAACAAAGCACAAAGCUUGUCACCAUUUCACGGCCCUGUGGAGGGUCUGACCACUCCAUGUGAGAAUUAAACCUGUCCACGGGUGGGGAAAAUCCCCACCUUUCCUGCCCAUAAACGCAGCCCUUCCUCAAGGGGCUGCAGAGCAGACCAGCUGGGGCACAGCUUCAGAACCCGUCCCCCUCUGCUGCCUCCCAUCCACAUGGAUGGAUGCUUUUGUCAGGCUGGCUGCCCCCGCCUCAGCCCGUGCCAGGCUGGCUGGCAGAAGCUGUCAGCAAGGCCAGGAGCCGGCUCUCCUUCCACAACAUCCGUCCCCUGUCCCGCCAAAAAGCAGCUCGGCGGCCGGCAGGAAAAUUAAUAUUCCCCAGCGCCGCCGAGCGGGGAACCUCCGGCACGUGGCCAGGCCGAGCCCUGCCGU